AUGGGGGUAGUUGCUUAUUUAGAUCAUAGGCCUAUCAUUCUAAAACUGUCAGAAGAGGUGCAAAAGGCACCAAGAAGAAAAUUGUUUCAUUUUGAGGCAAUGUGGGUUGAAGACUCUGGCUGUAAGCAAGUGGUGGAUGGAGCUUGGAAGGCUGUUGAAGGAAGAAGGCAACAAAUUCAACAAGGAAGGAAGGAUGUCCAAGAGUGGCUGCAAAAAAGUGAGAUUAUGUGGAGACAAAGAUCUAAGGUUCUGUGGUUGGCUGAGGGAGAUAGGAAUUCACAAUUUUUCCAUCAUAAAGCAUCUCAAAGGAAGAAGAAGAAUUGCAUCAAAAGGAUCAAAGACUCACUGGAAGAUGCUGCUAAGGAAUUGGGUAAUAUGGAUUUUCUACAAGAUCUAAAUGGUAGAGUUGAUGCUCAAAUGGUAGACCAGCUUGAUGCAACUUUUACAGCUGAGGAAGUGAAGAGAGCACAAGAUGAAAUGCAUCCUACAAAAGCUCCUGGACCAGAUGGUAUGGCCUCUAUUUUUUAUCAGAAAUUCUGGUCUGUUGUUGGUGUUGAUGUCACUGGUGUAGUGCUUAAUGCUCUUAACAGUGCUUUUGUACCAGGUAGAUUAAUCAUGGAUAAUGUUCUAGUGGCCUAUGAAAUGGUGCAAUUCUUAAGAAGGAAGAGAAGUGGAAAAGAUGGUUUCAUGUCUUUGAAGUUGGAUAUGUGCAAGGCUUAUGAUCGAAUUGAGUGGAAGUUUCUUGAAGAGGUGAUGUUGUAG